AUGGUUGCACUCUACAUGGCUGGACAGGAAGGGAGGUGGGCGCCCAGGAGAAUCCAAACAUUUGGUGUUGAAUGGCGAAACGAGUAUCCAGAGUGGGCAGAAGAUCUACCAACGGAGCGGGAUGGUAAUCUCGAAGCAUACUGCAACGCAGUUUCGCGUGUCAAGGACUAUGUCGCCCGUCCUGAAUAUAGCGUUAAAGAGAGCACGGCAUCUUUGAAGGACGUGCAUUCCGACCCGGGCCUCUACUCGUAUGACGAAUGGAAGGCAGGAAAAACCGCAAAAUCUACUGUUGGGCCCACGGAACAUGAAAUAGAGUGGAAAAUAGACCCUAAGGUCUGGUCUUCGCUCCCUGAUAUAAAAGAUCCUAUGGAGCGUUGCAAAAUCCUAGAGGUCUCUCGCAAGAGGUGCAUAGAUCAUGAUUACUACACAGUGAAGCUUCAAGAGACGUUUCGUGAUAAAGGCCUACAAAUCAUUGUGAAUCCAUCUUACCCGGGCGAAGAUUGGCAUACAGACGGCCUUCUUAACGAGCACAUUGUGGGAACUGCUGUCUAUUUCUUUGAUAUGGAAAACGUGACAGGUAGCAGGCUCUUGUUCCGUCAAGAGAUCGAAAUGAAUCCAGGUGUGUAUCAGUUUGAGGGGUGGGAUGUACCGUACUUGGAAGAAUUAUUCGGCAUCAAAGAUGAAAAUCCGGCUCUUCAGGAGCUUGGGUCUGUGUUCUGUCCAUUUGAGCUUAUUUCCAAAUCCCGGGCCGGACACCUUCGAUUUCUGACACUGUGGCUCGUCGAUCCAUACUACCGCAUUUGCUCUACGCGAAAUUUACCACCGCAGCGGCAUGGCUGGUGGGCACAAGAAGCACAGUCACUGGUAGCGUCGGCUCAUUCGCUUCCUCAAGAGUUGGCCUCUAUGGUCAUAAAUGAAAAACAUCAAUGGCCUAUGGAUCUCCCCGAGGCUCAUCAACAUCGACUUGAACGAGGAAAAGAUAGCUCUAUCGCGCAUGACGCGAUAAAAGAUCUGACCGAGCGCCAUGAAUACACACCAAAACUAUAUAGGCUUCGAUCAUAG